ACAGAAUUUAAGCAGUAACGGUCCCCUCCGGUCUAAAGGACGCAGGCGGCAAAAAUCAGUUCGUUUUUUACUGGAUUAUAAAUAUAUUUCAAGAGAAUGGCAGAGGAUUCUUGGGCGUUAGCAGUCGAUGUUCAGGAGACCACAACUCCGUCCCGUUUGUUUCCCAAACAUAUCACAUCAACACUUCAUCAACUGAAGGAGGACGUUAAUGCUAACCUAGAGCCAAAAUGGAGCCAGGAUGAAGAAAAUGACGCGGGGGGUGAUCGAGUUAACAAAGCGGAGCAGUCUCUGCUUAAUAAACUGAUCCGCUGCUCUCUGGUGAAGAACGGGAACCAGGUCGAAGUCCAGCAGGCAGACCCCAAGUCCCCUCUGUUCUCUGCCAAAACCUUUGAGGAACUCAGACUGAAACCUGAACUGUUGAAAGGUGUCUUCACAAUGGGAUUCAACAGACCAUCCAGGAUCCAGGAAAAUGCUUUGCCUAUGAUGCUCGCAGAACCACGUCAGAAUCUGAUCGCUCAGUCGCAGUCUGGCACCGGUAAAACUGCAGCGUUCUCUCUGGCCAUGCUGAGUCACGUCAACCCUGAAAAUAACUGGACUCAUUGUCUGUGUGUUGCACCAACUUAUGAGCUGGCGUUGCAGAUUGGCCAAGUGAUCGAACAAAUGGGCAAAUUCUGUUCAAAUGUGAAACUGGCCUACGCCAUACGAGGGAGCCGAGUGGAGCGAGGCAUUAAGCGGCAGGAGCAGAUCGUCAUUGGAACCCCAGGAACGGUCCUAGACUGGUGCACCAAGUACAAGCUUAUCGACCCCAAGAAGAUCACCAUGUUUGUUCUGGAUGAAGCUGACGUGAUGAUCGCCAGGCAGGGCCAUCGGGAACAGAGCAUCCGUAUCCAAAGGCUGCUCAACAAAAGCUGUCAGAUGCUGCUCUUCUCCGCAACCUUUGAGGAUUCUGUGAUGACGUUUGCUGAGCGAGUGAUUUCACAGCCGAAUAUCAUCCGACUCAAACGGGUGGAAGAGACGCUGGAAACCAUCAAACAGUUUUACGUUCUUUGUAGGAGGAAGGAGGACAAGUUCAUUGCGCUCUGCGACCUGUACGGGUGCCUGACUAUUGCACAGGCAAUGAUCUUCUGCCAUACUCGGAAGAUGGCUGCUUGGCUGGCUUCACAGCUGAUUGAAGAAGGCCACCGGGUGGCUCUGCUGAGCGGAGAAAUGACUGUGGAGCAGAGGGCUGCUGUCAUUGAACGCUUCAGAAAUGGCAACGAGAAAGUGCUGGUGACCACUAACGUUUGUUCCAGAGGUAUUGAUGUGGAGCAGGUGUCUCUCGUGGUCAAUUUUGACCUCCCAGUGGAUAUGCAAGGGAAUGCUGACAACGAGACGUACCUGCAUAGGAUCGGCCGAACAGGACGCUUUGGGCGAAGAGGAUUCGCUGUCAACAUGGUGGACAGUGACCACAGCAUGGACAUAAUCAGACAAAUUGAAAAGCAUUUCGACAAGAAAAUCACAAAACUUGAUACCAGCAACCUUGAGGAAAUGGAGGAGAUGACGAUCUGAUGUUCCAACUGUUUUCUAGUGAUUUGAGUUUAAGCUUUAAACUGAGUGUUCUUUGAGGUUUGCAUGUUUAUAUUUUGUUAAAUAUCUAAUCGUUUUUGUGUUGUGUGUAUAUUGUUUUGCAUAAGAUGCUUGCGCUUGAUUUGUAAUUCAUGCAUGUAUGAUGUACAUUUCUUCUCCUUUGCACACUUUGUUAAAGUAAAGUUUUUCAGACUGACCAGGAAAUGUCUGAAGUUCAGAGGAUAUUGUUUUUUGUUCAUUUUUGUUUUUUUGCAGUGCUGUAAGCAAUCAAACAAUUCUGGUCUGUUUAGCAAGCCAAAAUGA